UUUGUCUUGUGGUCUAUACCAAUAAAAACUACCUUUUUCUUUUCUUUCCUCUUCCUCUAGAAGACGACUAGAGCACUCUUCCAUUUCGUUCAUUUCCACUUCCAAGGGUUAGGGUUUCAAUUUUGAUUCUCCAUCUCCAAGCUCUCAUCAAUGGAAGGCGAGAGAGGCGAAUUCAACGAUUGGGAGGUCCUCCACCACAACUCGGAUACCAUUGACCUGGUAAACUCAUCCGAGUUGGUGACUGAGAAUCCCAGGGGUAAUUUCGACGAUGGAAUGGAUGGCGAUUCCGAGGGAAUGAUCAGGUCCGAUUACUUCUCCCUCGAUAAUCAGCAGAGAUUGGCGGAUUCGAUUGAAGAAGAGAAUGGUUCGGUUGAAUCGGACAACCCUAGCUGGAUCGAUCCCGUUCCCGAAACUCGCUUCGUCGCCGGAAUUCAUCAUCAUCCCGGCGAUUUCUGGUCCGAUUCCGCCAGCGAUCGCUCUGAUGAUCGGAAAUUGAGCGACUCCGAGGCGAAGAAGGAGGUAAGCCCUGCUGAAUUUGAAGGAAUUGGGGAAGUUCAAGCCUUGAAUUUGGAGGAAGGAAACAAUAAUUCGAUUUCGAUUGUCGAGGAGUCGGCGGAUGCGAAGGAGAGUGGAGAGAUUGAAGAAGUGAAGAAGAAAUCGGAGGGAGAGAAGAGGAUGGUGGUGUGGUGGAAGGUUCCGUUGGAGGUGUUGAAGUACUGUGCUUUUAGGGUUAGCCCUGUUUGGACCUUCUCCGUGGCGGCUGCAAUGUUGGGAAUUGUGAUUUUGGGGAGGAGAUUGUAUAAGAUGAAGCGCAAAACCCAGAGCUUGCAGCUUAAGGUUACUAUGGACGACAAGAAGGUAUCUCAGUUCAUGAGUCGUGCUGCACGGCUCAAUGAAGCGUUCUCAGUGGUGAGACGAGUCCCUGUUAUUCGACCUGCGCUUCCGUCCCCUGGGGUGUCUCCAUGGCCUGUUAUGAGCUUACGGUGAAGAAUUCUUCAUGUGGAAAUAGAUAGAAAAACAAAAGUGAAAGAAGGGAAAGAAGGUGCUGUGUUAAUGAGCCACCAUCAGCCAUGUCUGAGAUAAGAUUUAUGUUUUUACUGCCUCCCCUUCGCUUUGUAUCCAAACAUUUAUAUUUGCUUUCACGUGUACCUACUGGCUUUUAAGUUAAGAAGCUUUUCCAUCCCUCUGUAUAAAAUGCCGACAAUAAUUUCUCUUGGUGUACUGGUGUUUUUUUUUUUUUUUUUUUUUUUUUUUUUUUUCUUCCCCCUUAUGGUCAAGUAUGCAGCUCUGCUGCAGCAAACAUGUCAAAUUGGAAGUUUGAAUAUACAUAUGUUGAUGUGAUAUUAUUCAACUUGAGUCGCACUUUUGUUGCGAGCAACAA